CAGCGGCAGUCCGCCGACAGACCGCGUGCGGAAAGGUCGUUGGGCGUAUUUUAUCCGUACGACGAAAGGCCGGCGAGUGAUUUCGAGAUUUGCCGCGCGCGCGAUAAUCAAACAUUCAAAUCCUGCGCUCGCGUUCACCGCGUUAAUCCGCAAUUUCACUGUCAUUUCCACAAAAUCCACCGGGACUCUCUUAUACGAGAUAAUGUAAAAACCGAUCAAUCCAUCGAUCGGUUGACAAAAUUUUCAUCAUCGACUAUCACGAGUGAAGAUAUAAAUAAACUUAAUAAAUCUCAAAUCGAAUGCCUUAAACGUAAACGUAGAAAAUUUCAAACUGAUAUUCAAAAUCGUUGUACAGUUAUUAUUUUGCAAUUAUUAUUUUCUUGUUUCUUUUAGAAAAACAUCGUAUACGCAAUAUAUUUUUGCGUACAUAAUGCAGUUUAAGGGAUCGCGGAACAGCGGGCGUAAAAAUUUAAAACCCACUGUCGGCGAGGUGAUGCAAAAGUGGAGGAAAAUCACUUCUCAGGUGCUGAAGGAGAAGAGAACAACAUCGUCGAAUCGCAGUGAAACAGAUAAUGCCGGUGACGGCAACGAAUACGAAAUAACAGUGACCCUGUAUUGAUACAGUCAUGAAGUCAAGUGACCGGGAUGAUCGGUGCGCGUGUAAUUGGUAACCAGAAGAAGAAGAAGAAGAAGCAGAAGAAGAAAAAGCGAAAAAAGAAACCAGCGUGUAAGCGUUGAAUAGAACCUGACCUGAAAAAACAAAAAAAAAAAACAAAAAAGAAACAAACCACGCGAAAGACACACCGAAAAACUACUAAAGCUCGUGAAAAAUAAAUAGAAAGAAAAUGUAAUCCAGUGAGUGAAGAGAACAAAACGAAAAUAAACAAAUUACGCGUGAUCGAGGUGACGUGGGAGAAGAUUUGUGUUAAAAAAAAAAAUAAAUAAAUAAAUAAAAUAAAUGAAUAAACAAACAUCGGUAAAGAGAAAUAUGUCGGAGCGUUACCGAAGCAAGUAAGAGACAAGUUUGAAAUUUCGCGUGAUCCUCGGGGGUCUGCGGGUCUGAACUGGGGAAGCGUAUGAUGGACGCUGUCCGAGCAGAACCCGGCAGGACACCCCGCGACAAGGAUCGUACACAGAAACUUAUUCGCGUGCCAAAAAGCCCGACGAAAUACGUCUUCAAGCCCGAAGUGGUGCGCAAGGUUUCACCUACGCGUCAGGCCCAAACUAACCGCAACGCCCUCUGCCGUCAGGACGCGACGUUCUCGCCUAGGGCCCAAGUUCAUCACCAGCACGAAAAGGGGGCGCGCAGUCCGUGCAGUCCCGAAUCGGCUCUGCGAACGGCGACGUUCAGGUGCGAGGGAUGCGGCGAGACACACGAUCGCCUCCAGCAUCAUCAUCGGCAGGCGAGAUGCCGAAAUCGGUGCGAUUCCCCCCUCGAUGAGGCCCACGAUCUACUAGCUCUGCAGGAUGCCGCCACAAGGCGAUACCUUCAGGGCCCUGAGGCCUCCGGGGGGCCCCCCAUCCUCUACAGGAGCAGAUCGCUACCGCAAUUAUCCAUCCAUGACAGCGGACUCGGGAGCAACGAACAUCCACCUGGAAGACCAUCGUCGAGGCUCGUCGCCGAUCUCAGGCAGCUACUCACCCUCAAACAGCACUAUUAUCCCGAGGGAGGAUGGGGCUGGGUCAUCCUUGUCGUUGGCGUUAUGGUGCAGAUAUUGUCCCAUGGUAUCCAUGGAGCGAGUGGUGUCAUUCUACCCCAGGUCGCCAAUCGGUUCGGACCUCGUGUUGGACUUCAGUCAGGAUGGCUUGGAGCUAUGUCAACAGGAGUGGCACUGCUGGUAUCGCCGGUGACGAUAGCAUUCUGCCGGCGAAAAAGCACCAGGGUAACAGCAGUUCUCGGCGGUUUGGUGACAGCCUUGGGAUGCCUCUUCACCUCGUUUGCCUCGCAGUUUCAUCAGCUCUUCUUCAGCUACGGCACGGUGGUCGGCAUAGGUGUGGGAAUGACGAGAGACUGCAGCACGCUGAUGGUGGCGCAGUAUUUUAAGAGAAGAAGAGAAUUCGUCGAGAUAUUCAUUGUGUCUGGAAGCGGUCUCGGUAUAGCUGUCAUGUCAGCCUUCAUUAAAGGAGCUAUCAGCAAAAUCGGUUGGCGACUGGGGCUUCAGGCUGUGACAGGCGUCGUCUUCCUGACCUUUAUAUUGGGUACCUUUUACCGGAGUGCGUCCCUUUACCACCCCCAAAGGCGGGCGAUCCUCCACCUGAAGAACCAGAAACGCAAAAUCAAGGACAAGAACAAGGUCGAUGACCGGCCGCCCUUUUUCGACUUCAGCACCCUCAAGAGCAAGACUGUCAGAAUACUUCUGGUGUCCACCGGGAUUUCAGCCUUCGGCAUCAACACACCGAUAUUUUACCUGGCCCACCAGGCGGAGGAAGAAGGCCUUGGGGACACGGUGGUGCUGCUUCAGGCUUACCUGGGCCUGGCAUGGACGCUGGGAUGCGUGGCCUUUGGCCUUCUAGUCGUUCAUCACAGCGUCGAGUGCAGAAUCGCCAGACAGUACCUGACCCAGGCGGCGGUUUUUAUGUGCGGCCUGUGCAUCCUCGCCUUGACGGCCGUUCACGGAAACUAUCACGGCUACGUUAUGUUCACGUGGAUAUACGGCAUCUUCUGCGGCGGCUAUCACUACAGUCUCAAAAUGUAUACUUACGAAAGGGUCAGGGCGAGGAACUUUGCCAGGACUUGGGGCUUCGUGCAGUGCUCACAAGCCAUUCCCAUCGCCAUCGGCGUUCCCAUAUCCGGGUACAUAAACGUCGGCUGCGGGGGAAAGGCCGGGUACUAUUUCAGCUCGACCUGCGUCCUCGUCGGCAGCUUUACACUCUUCUUCAUCGAUCUUCACAGGCGGAGCUUGUCCAGGCAUAAGCACACCAGGGCGAACGGCACCCGGCACCUCUGCGUCGCAGACAAUUGUCCCCAGAGGAAGAGGCUCUCGUUUAGUCAGGAACCUGAGAACGAAGGCGUCGCUGCUGGCGCUGCCGCCGCCGCUCUCAUGCUCGGUGCUGAACUCGCUCCUGUACCAGGAGAAGUGCCGAACACCAUGGCGGGAGAAAAGCCGGAACUGACGUGCAUAUCGGAGGAGGGAAUAGCGGACAUGGAUCUGCCUGACAAUUUGCUGGACGACCUCGACUACAUCGGUGAUUGUAUAACGUCGUGUAACAAGGUGGAGAAUUACCUGAUGCUGUCAGAAUUCGAGAACAACCUGAUUGCGGAAAUGCCGAUAAUCCUGGACCGGAAGGGGCGAAGAUGGUCGCUGGCAAGAUCGAAGGGUCCGGCGCCCGGAAGUCAGGGUGGAGCCAGCCAAGGAGCGCCGGAAGAGGAGGAAGUCAAACCGAAAUGGCGACUGAUGACGGCUCCGCCGAACAAUCGCGUGAUAACUGUGAUCGACGAGGCGAGCACGUAAUGCCCGUCGAUUGUCUAAUUAAAAAAACAUAACAUUGAACACGUUUUUAUAAUUUACGUUUUUACAACUAUAACCCCGCACUAUGUAUAUAUAUAUAUAUAUAUAUAUAUAUAUAUAUAUACGUAAUAUGUGACCCUUAAUAUUGGUAAGAAAAAGAAAAUUUUUUUCUCUCACCCUUUAAAUCGACUCGAAAUAGUAAAAAAUGAUUUUUAAACGUGAAAUCCGCUAGUAAUUUUAAUAUUAACCCGUGCCCCAAAGACCCUUUCAAGGUGUUGAAAUAAAAAAUAAAAAAUUUCUCCCAAUAUUAAGGGCCACCCUAAUACAUAUACAUAUUCGUAUAAUACGAGUAGUUUAUUUAUUAUUUUACGUUAGAAAUAUAAUUGAUUUCAUUCUUUAAAACAAAAACCUGUAACAGGCGUAAUAACGAUCAUCUUUGAUCAUUCAAUUGUCAUCGAUUUUAUUAAAUUAAUAUAAAUUUAAGUAGGUAGUCGAUCUUUUGAAGGAAGAAGAAAAAAAAAUUUCGCUUUCUUUUCUGUUCCACCGACACAGUUUACGUUAUAGACAUGGUUAAACGAUACACGUCCAUUAAUUAUGUACACCGAUCCCUGGUGAUCGAAAAAUAGAGGAACAA